UCAUUUUUUUCCAGGGAGCUGACAGAAUUUAUGUUGGCAAAUAAUUGUUUUUCUUGUCAGUAGAAAAUAUGAAUACUGCUGCACAAGGCCUGGGAGCCUUUUUGCCAGAGGAAACCAAGCAGAAAAUCAUUGAGGCAUUUCUGGUGUUUGAUGAAGAGAAUGUCAAGAUGGUGGAUGUGAGAGAAGUAGGUCCAAUCAUGAGAUCACUAGAUCUGUGUCCCACAGAAAGGGAUGUAAGAGAGGUGGUGGAAGAAAUGGAUGAUCCUCAGAUUCCAGGUGGAAUGAUAAGUUUGGAAAGGUUCUUACCUGUCAUGAUUUCUGUGUUUUUGAAUAACAGGUUCAAAGCUCCUGAGAAAGAUACUGUGAUGGCAGCUUUUGAGGCAUUGGAUGUGGAAAAGAAGGGCUAUUUGACAGCGGAUGAGUUGACAAAAUAUGUAACUGCAAGUGGUGGUGAGCCUUUCUCUCAGCAAGACCUGGAUGAAUUGCUCACUGCUGCUGUGACAGUCAAUCCUGAUGGAAGCCAAGUUGUUGAGCGUCCUUUCCCCGUCAGCCUGGACGGUUCACCGAGGAAAUUUCUCGGGAAAAUGGCUACCUGGUACACGGAAGAACCGCAUUCCCGAAUAAUCCCGAGCCCACCGCAACGUGUUAAUCGAAAUCGCACACUCCACAUCAACUUACGGAAUCAGAUUCUGGACCUGGCCUACGAGUCUCUAGCGGCUGAAGUUCGUGGCGUAGAAAUGUGCAAUAAAACCACGUUAGACUCGGCUAUAGAGAACUACCUUUCAAUCGUUCCUCAUGAACGCCGAUUCCAGUUCGCCACUUGCGUCGAAAUCUUCCAGCGUGGGCUCCAAGUCACACCUUUCUUUCUGGAUGCCUUCCAGCAAGCUUGGGAACACUUGGCCUUGUAUGCUGCAAAUUUCCUCAUGUCCCCGUGGAGACCCGAAUUCAAAACACUCCGGUUGUAUACCGGGUUCUUUCGUCAUUUCGUGGAGCCUGCAUUACCUGAAAGCUACCGGGUUUUCGCUCUGAUGGGCUAUUCCAUGGUUCUUGGUGAGAACAAUCUGGUUUUACGGAUCAACGGACCUCUGGAUUUGGGAACGAUCCUCAGUGUAUAUGUCGACUGUCUCAUUGCUUCUUGUGAAUGCCAGGUCAUGGCGGCAGUGUUGGAAAAGUUGCAAGAUUCUCCAGCCACUCUCCAACACGUUAUCCAAGCCCGAGAAAAAUUCGCUGCCAACGUAGACCAAACCGCUGCAGCGAUUCGCCAAGAGUUGCGAAUGGAAUCCCAGCUCAGAUGCGAAGAUUGUCUUGUUCCACGUCAUCCUUUGCCUCCUCGUCGGAGAAACAGACGAGACAACCAUCAACAACAACAACAACCUUUGUUGGUUCCCUCGGAAGAACCUCUGUGGAAUAAUGCGUAUCUCCCGCGCAAAGACCCGGUCUGGACCUCACCUAAGCCCGUGUCCCCGAAAACCCGGGAUUUGCAUCCCUCGGGUGAAGAAUCCGCAGAGUCUUGGAGUUACGUUUACGAUGCACUGAAAAACACUUCUUCUGCGGAUCCACCACGAUCACCAGAUCCGAAACCCGCGCUUCCCAAAAAGCAGAAUAAGGACGUGAAGCUGAAGCCUCAAGCUAAUAAGUGGUCGUGUAAAGCGUGUACUUAUUUGAACCCCGAAAAUGUGAAGAUCUGCGGGAUGUGCGCCAAGUCGAAAGACGUGUGCAGUGUUGAUUUGAAGAGUGAUGUCGAAGAUUCUGCGAAUGUCGAGUGCUCCAAGUGUACGUUUCUGAAUGCGGAAAAUGCGGCCAAUUGCGCCAUGUGUGGUGAAAUGCUGGAAGUGGAGUAUUUUUUGCAACAUUUCGUAUUUUUCUAUGGCCUUGUCUUCGGAGAAAUCAUGCGGGAACGAUCUCAGGGAAGUUCGGAUGUCAUCGAUGCCCUCAAGGCUAGAGUGGCCAAAGUUGAGGAAGAACUUGAAGACGUGUGCAGAGAAAAUGAGGGCUUGUCUCUGGAGCUGAUACAGUGUCAAAGACGACUCUUUGAUGCCAACAGAGAACUGCUGAGAAUUCAGGAUAAUUCCGUGAAUAAUGAUUUGUCUGGGGAAGUUGAGGAGCUGAGACAACAGGUCAAACAACUCAGGAAGGAGCGUGAUGAUGUUGCAGCUGUUUUAUCCAAAGAACAAAAUGACUCUGAAACCACAGAAAAACUAGCCCUGGUCAAGACCAUGAAGGUUGAGCUCCUGAGGAUGCAAGAAAUGCUUCAAAGGAGGGACCAUCAAAUAUCCUUUCUUUCCACCACCGCAAUGUCACUCAGUUCCAAACUCUCUGAAAGCCUGAAAAGUUUGGAGUUUAUGAAGAAUGCGAAUCAAAGGAUGAUGAAGAGGGAGAAAGAACUUGGUGGGAAGUUGAGUGCAGCAGAUGUGAGAGUGAAUGAAGCUGCUCAAACCAUCAAAUCCUUGUCCAAUGACUUGCAUGAUGCCAGGACCAAAGCCAGGGAACUGGAGUUGAGGCUGAGAGAUGCCAUUGAAGUUGCCAACACUGCUAUUCAGGAGAAGGAUGUUGCUGAGGAGUCUGAGGAAUCUGCAAGAACCAGAUGUGAUGAGAUUGUAACCAGCUUCAAGACCUUUGCUGAAGAAGCUAUUGGAAAUGCUCACCAGGAAAUGGAGGAGUACAGGAAAAAGUACUGUGAUGCAGUUGAUGAUCUUAGGCUGAAGCUGACUGAAGUACAAAAGGAAAAGGAGCAGUUGAAACAAGAACUGCAUCAGUUUGCUAAAACCAAGUCAGUGAGUCUGCAGACACCUCCUCAGUAUCCUGAAUUCUUGCAAGUGCAGCAAGAAAAGUGUCAGCUUGAAGAUACCCUGAAAGAUGUCAGGGAUGACAUGGAGUCUGCAAAGCGGAAGUGGGCCAGGCAAAGAGACCUGUUUGAAGAGAAACUGGGACAUGUGGAGAAGGCGCUUAUUGAGGCCAGGGCUGCCAACAGUGCAAAGCAUGAUGAAGUGGCCAUGCUGAAGAAGGACCUGAGGGCUGCCAACAGUGCUGUUGCUGAAUGUGAACUCAAGCAGAGGAAUGUUGUGGAGGAUCUGAGAAGAGCAUUGGAUAAUCGAGAGGAAGUCAUAGAGUUGUUGAAGCGAGAACACAGUGACAAGAUGGCGGUGACUGAGAGUUCUUCUCUGCAAUCCGUCGUGGACUUGAAAAAGAUGCUGGUGGAGCAAAGACGUCUGACAGACAAAUGGAAGGACGAGGCACAGUUGUUGUCAAAGAAUUGUCAGGAGAGAAUUAGUCAAUUGAAGAAGGAUAUGAAAAAGUUGCGGGAGGAGAAGCAUGAACUGUUGGCUCAGUUGAAGAUGAAGGAGCUGGAGUUCAAAUUCUUGUUGCACAAUCACAGUCAAUUGCAGAGACAUGAGUCGAUUUCCCCUUAAAGCCGUCAUGACUCAUGUAUUUCAACUUUGAAAUUUGUUUCAAUGUAAAGGAUGUGUUCAAGAAUGUGAGCACAUGAGCUUUAUAUCCUUGUACCUUAUUUUCAAUACAUUUAGCAGCAAGAAAGGGAAUUCAAUCAAUUUCCUUCAAAAUCAAGUGUUUUAGAAAUUAAUUUUAAAAUGUUCAAAAUUUAAUUACUUGAAGUGUAUAUUUUAAUACAGUAGCUGAAUGUCAAUUUGAAGAAAUUUUAUACAUUAGAUUCAGG